AUGGCGGGCACCAUGGCUGACGACGAAUUAUUCACACGGGCUAUCUCUGGGUAUCGGGACGCUUUUUUGGUUCGACACUCCCACUUACCGGAAUCUGAACGGAAUCAACUUUGGAGUCAGCGGUUAAGUCAGUUCAUGACCACCACGGCCUCUUCGUCCGCAUCCUCGUUUGAUGCCUCCUCCAGCUAUCGCCCGGUUCCCGGUUCUGGCGUACCCGAAGACGACGGCGCUGCUUUGGAGAAGUCUGGGAAAAGGACGCGGCAGGAUACCCCUCGGACUCUCCCUGGCUCUGGUCUCCCUCCACCGAAACGACGAGUCACCACUCCGGAACCUCCAGUGACCGUCGAUCUGACACGCGAGUUGUCUCAUGCUUCCUCCCCGGCAGCUCCUGAGACAGCUCGGCGCUUGAUCAGAACCAAUUCUCGGAAGGACAACAAGGUUACUUUCUCGGGUCCUGGGUCCUCUCGACAGACGGCCAUGGUCCGCUCACAGAGUCAGCAAACGCCAGUGUCGCAUCGCCCAUCGCUGACCGCCACCAAUGUGAAAGGACAUCGACACUCUUAUGGACCUCAGCGCGUGCAGCGCCGGCUGGACCAUGUCAACGAAUACACCCCGUCGGAAUACGCCAAGCAGUAUUUCGGUGACUUCCAAGGCCAAGGAAACGUCUCUGCUCUUUCCAUGGCGCUUUCGGCGGAUCCCACGCUCUCCGGAUACGACCAACAAAGGUCGCAGUUGGCUCAGGCCCAGCCUGAACUGUUGGCCGACUUCACCUUGGCGAAUUCCAUGAUGGCCGACCAGCCGGCCGCGGUGGAAAUGAGCAGAAGUACGACCACUGACUCGCUUUGCGGGGGGUUUGGCAUGAUGAGGUUUGAUUCCUCUGGACCGAACCUCGAUUCCACUUUUUCUUUCUCCGUCCCUUCCACCGAGUUCAUGCCCUCCAGUUCGCCGAUGAAUGUUCCUUUCCCCACCACCUUCAACUCCCUGCACCAAAAUCCCGCCCAAGAUCUCGCCUUCUCCUACCCCGACGCCACUGCCCCUGUUUCCUUCUCCUGCUCUGCCCCCUCAUCGACCCCAUUUUAUACACAGAUUCCUACCCUCUCCACAUCUCCUGUGACAGAGAUCAAACCUCUAUUGUCUGCUGAGAAUGACAGUCCCUCAUCUACUUCCCAGACCUCCAGAGCAGCGCGCAGAACUCAAGAGCAAAUUGUGCAGGGCGCUCGCCCUAUUGCCCCUAAAGCGGAGCCCCAGAGCAGCUCACCCCCUAAGGGAGGCGAACAUAAGAUGAUAAGAAUCUCAUCCUCAGAUGGAACGGCUAAGGAGGUGGCUGCAAUCCCCAAGGCCUCGAUUCAACGGCCCCAGCGUCCGAAGACGUACUGCAACAUGUGUAACGACCAGCCCGAGGGCUUCCAUGGGGAGCACGAGCUGCGUCGGCAUAUCGAGCGGGUACACGCUGCGGUUCGUAAGGUUUGGGUCUGCGUGGACAUUUCUCCUGACAAGACCUUCUUGGCGAAUUGCAAGGCUUGUCGCAAUGGCAAGCGCUAUGGUGCUAAUUACAACGCCGCGGCUCAUCUUCGUCGCACCCACUUCAACCCCUGCCAGCGCGGCCGGGGUGGUCGGGGUAAAGACAGCGAGAAGCGCGGUGGCAAGGGUGGUGGUAACCACCCUCCCAUGGAUGUCUUGAAGCACUGGAUGGUGCAGAAGACCGAAUUUGUUCUCGGAAAUUACAAUAACCAGGAAGCUUUAGGUGAUGACUUGGCGGCCGCACCGUUGGUGGUUGGGGCGGAAGAUGUGCCAUUGUCCACCCUGCCGCUGGCGUCGGCCGAUGAGAUCUCUUCUCAGGGCUUAGAGACUGCCCUCAUUGACGGGUAUGACCCCAUGACCACGUUUCCCGCGCUGGGCAUGGAGGUUCCCCUUGAUGCUACUCCUUGCUAUUUCGAGUCUCCCUCGCUUCCCCCUGAGAUUGAUUCGUAUGUGUGA